GCGCCCUCUGUCAAUCAGAGGCGGUACGGAAGCCUGUGGGGCUCCCGUCUCCUAGGUGAGCGCGCGUAACUUCCCUCCCCUCGUCCUGGUCGCCGUCACGUGCCCCGCCCUCUCUUCCCUCAGCCGCCGCCUGGCACUCCGUCAGCCCUGCCAACGUGGAGCCGGCUGAGGCCGAAGCGAAGGCGGAAGUGUUCUGAGGAGAGGAGGGAGGAGGAGGAGACGAGGGGCCUUUAACCAGCCGCCGCAGCUGCCGCUGAAGAACCUCCGGCCAUGGAGAGCUCCUUGGAGAAGAUGGUUGACCCUACCUUAGCAGAAAUGGGAAAGAAUCUUAAUGAGGCGAUGAAGAUGUUGGAAGACAAUCAAAGGAAAGUGGAGGAAGAAAACGAAAAAAAGUAUACAAGGAAAGAUAUUCCUGGACCACUUCAAGGCAGUGGACAAGACAUGGUGAGCAUUCUCCAGUUAGUUCAGAACCUUAUGCAUGGAGAUGAGGAGGAGGAAUCGUUGCAGUCUUACCGGCUUCAGAACGUUGGAGAACAGGGUCACAUGGCUCUUUUAGGACACAGCCUGGCAGCUUACAUCUCUGUGUUGGACAGAGAGAGGCUCAGAAAGCUCACAUCCAGGAUCCUUUCUGACACUACACUGUGGCUGUGCAGACUUUUCAGGUUUGAAAAUGGGUCAGCGUAUUAUCAUGAAGAUGACCGUGAGGGCCUUUUAAAAGUCUGCAGACUCGUGAUUCACUCGCGCUACGAAGACUAUACAACGGAAGGCUUUAACGUGCUGUAUAACAAGCAGCCUGUUAUAUACAUUAGCUCUGCAGCCAGAGCAGGCUUGGGACAAGCUCUUUGCAAUCAGCUUGGUUUGCCUCUUUCCUGUAUGUGCCGGGUGCCUUGUAACACCAUGUUUGGAUCUCAGCAUCAGAUGGAUGUUGCUUUACUGGACAAAUUGAUUAAGGAGGACAUUGACUCUGGAAAGCUACCAAUAUUGCUAGUGGCCAAUGCUGGUACACCAGGAGCAGGGCACACAGACAAACUUGGGCGACUGAAAGAACUCUGUGAGCAGCACGGCAUGUGGCUACAUGUCGAAGGGGUGAAUUUGGCUACUUUGGCUUUGGGUUAUGUCUCGUCAUCUGUACUGGCCGCAACCAAAUGUGACAGCAUGACCCUGACUCUGGGGCCCUGGCUAGGUCUCCCAGCAGUGCCUGCAGUGACUCUCUACAGACAUGAGGAUCCUUCUUUGUCCUUGGUUGCAGGCUUGACCUCUAGCCAGGCAGUUGAGAAGCUGCGUGCUCUGCCUCUGUGGCUCUCCUUGCAGUACCUUGGACACGAUGGGAUUGUGGAAAGAAUAAAACAUUCAUCUCAGUUGAGUCAACGGCUGUUGGAAAACUUGAAGAAUCAGGAUUUUAUUAAAACCUCAGUUGAAGAUGAACUUAGCUCUCCUGUGGUGGUAUUUAAGUUUUCCCCAGAACUGUCACCUAUAGAUCAUAUGUUACAUUCUGCCCAAACACCUACAAUUACUGGCAAUGAGAGAUACAUUUGUGAUACUUUUAAUCAGUGGGUAAGUAUUCUUCCUUAUCUCUUCAUAGGCAUGCCAGACAUUGGUCAAUCAAACAUUUUGAGUAUAACACUGACCCCUUUGUGCAGAGGAAAACAAUCCCAAUACACGCUGCUUAUGUCAGGUCUUUUGUCUGACAAGCAUUUCAUUUGGACGGCUUGAGUGGGUUCUAAAAUU